GCCAUGUCACCGCCGUCUCUCGCCUCCACCGCCUCCACCGCCGCCGCCGAUAUUAACGCGGCAGUGACGAGUCAGACCGCGGCAGUCAUCGCAAGGGACGAUUCGGACAUCCCCCACGCGAGCUCGGCACGAGAUCCGUCUUCGUCGUGGUCAUCCUGCACGUGGUGCCGAGGGGCUGCUGCUGCUGCUGCUGGGAGCGCGUCGCGUGCAGGUGCCCGCGUGAGCUCGCCCGGGGGGAGUUGUCGGCACGACGACCCGAGCCGCAGCCCGAGCCGAGCGGUGACAAUGGGUCUCCUUGCGUCGCGAGUGGCGUCGCUGCUGGACGGAAUGUUCACUCAGCAAGCGCGCGUGCUGCUGCUGGGUUUGGACGCGGCCGGGAAAACCAGCAUCCUGUACAAGCUCAAGCUCGACGAAUCCGUGGUGACCAUCCCGACCAUCGGCUUCAACGUGGAGACCGUGCAGCCCAUCAGGAACGUCACCUUCACCGUGUGGGACGUGGGCGGCCAGCAGAAGAUCCGCGCUCUCUGGAGGCACUACUUCCAGAACACGGACGGGCUUCUCUUCGUGCUGGACAGCGCGGACCGGGAGCGCUUCCCGGAGGCUCUCAAGGAGCUGGACGCCAUCCUGGACAGCCCCGAGAUGACGCGGGUGCCCUUCGUGCUCCUCGCCAACAAGCAGGACCUCCCGCGGGCAGCGGCCACCGCGGAGGUGGCGGAGGCGAUGAAGGCGGUGAAGACGCGGCACGGGCGCGAGUGGCUGGUGCAGGGCUGCUGCGCCCGCACCGGAGAGGGCCUCCUGGAGGGCGUGGGGCAGCUCUCCCGCUUCAUCAGCAACUCCAGAGCCUCCUCGGGGACAAAGUGAGCUCGGCUCGGCAGCAGCAGCAGCAGCGG